AUGAGAAGGGGAUGCUGUGUAAGACACAACAUAAUAUUCCAGUCUCCCUGUCUUUCUUUUAGCAGGCAUGAGCUGCUGAAGCUUCCCCCUAAUGAGGCCCUGCUGGAACUCCUGCUUGUGUUGUUGCUGGGGUUGCGUGUCCUAGCCGUGUGCCCGUCCGUGUGCUCCUGCAGCCGCAGCCACAGGGAGGUGGACUGCUCCUGGAGGGGGCUGAGACAGUUGCCCAAUGGCCUGCAGCACAACCUGCGCUCCCUUAACUUGUCCCACAAUCGGUUCCACAACCUGGACGGCCAGCUCACCCCAUACACCCACCUCCGCGUCCUUGAUUUGUCUCAUAACCGGCUGAGUCACCUGCCCACCGACUUGCCUCGUUCCCUCUGGCAGCUCUACGCCGCCUCCAAUCGCAUCCAGCUGCUGGACAAGAAUGAUACGGUCUACCAGUGGAAUCUGCGAACGCUUGACCUCUCCAACAACAAGCUGGAGCGGGCUAUCUUCAUCAACAACACUCUGAUCAAUCUGUGCACACUCAACCUGAGCUACAAUCACUUCUGGACUUUGCCCACCAACAUGCCUGCACACCUGGAGACUAUCGACCUGUCCCACAACUUGCUUGUGAAGGCACUGCCGGGAUCCCUGGACCGGCUUCCCAAAUUAACUCACCUCUACCUGCAUGCUAACCGCUUUUCCACAGUGCCCUUCGGAGUGUUGGACAAGAUGGCAUCACUUAGACUCAUCACUCUGGGUGACAACCCUUGGGCCUGUCACCUUUAUGAUGACAUCACCUACUUACUCUCCUGGACUCAGCGUACCCCUGCACACGUCCUGGGUUGCCCCUGCCACACCCAGCCUGUCUGUGGAGGGUUGCGCCCUGGCAGGACUGGAGGCUGGCACUUUGCUUCCUACAACCUGCCCCCCCUAGCAGCAAGUGCGCAGGAAAUGAGCUCCAUGCCCCCGGAGGCUAGGGUAACCGGGUGGUGGUACAUGUCUGUUUCUGCUCUGCUAAGCACCACCAAGGAGACCUUAAGCACACAGCACCACCCUUUCACAACCACACCCAUCAGCAUCUCCUCCCUGCCACUCAGAACCACAGGCACACACCUAACUAUUAAUCACCUUUCUGCUACUGAUAGCCCAGCUGCUGCGGAUCACAUGCUCCACACUGAUUCUCAUUUAAUCUCUGGCACAGUGAAAGCCUCUCCCAGUGACUCACUCCACACCACUGACACAUCCGCAAUUUCUGACACAAGCUUCAUCACUAAAACACCUAUCAGGGCUUACAUGACGCUUGCCACGGACCGAUUCUUUACAACAGAGAGCCCUUCCAUCCUAACAAAGAAGACAACAACUCUUCGCACCAGGAGUGUGAGGAGGCAGAAUCAGUCCCUUCCUAGUGGCAUCAGCAACAGCAGCCCAGCCUACGCUACCUGCUCCUCUCUCAACCUGGGGCUUCUGUUUCUCAUUCUGCAACAUGUACUUUGAACGAUUGUAUUCUGAAUAUGAAUUUACAGCACAUGCACAAGACUGUUGACUGUUGUAGUACUGUUAUGUUUGUAUAUUACCAACUCUCUUCAGCAAAAGGCCAUUUACAACACUAAGUACAGGCUUUAUUCCUGCUAUCCUGAGUAUAGUAUCAUGCUACAUUUAUAAUUAUAGGUCAAAAAACAAUGCUUUAACUUUUCUACAGUAGUAACAUUUUUUACAGGCCUCCCCUCAAAUGACAUUGUCAUUGAUUUAAAAAAAGAACAUUGUAAUGAAUGCAGCGAAGCACAUGAUGGCACUAUACAUUCAAGUACCAGUUUUGUCUGAACGUAGCCUGGUGCUCAUCUGCAACUACUGAUAGUACCUGUUCGGUACAUGUUGUGGCCCACCAAUUUUUUGUGCAUGUUUUAUUUUCAUCCUUCCAAUUUUUCCAAAACCAUCGGAUGGAUUUAGCUGAUGUUGUCAUGGUCUUAUCAUUGUAUUUUUCCCCAACUUCCCCUAAGUUCCAAAUGACUCAUUUUGACUCUUUUAAUAGACAUCCUUGAUGCUUGCCUGCUUGUGUCAUGUAACAAACCAGAGGAGCAAUCUUUUCUGUAGACAGGAUGAUGUAAGAAACUGCCCACGACAUGCACAUAACAGGAAACAACACAGACUCUGUGGAGCAGAGGGGAAAACACAUGGACAAUGUUGUGUCACUAUCUUUAACAAACUCCGAGUGCCGAGUCCUGCUUCUGUAUUUUGAUCACAUCUCAGACUUAAGUGUCCUUCAUGAUUCAGUGGUGCUCGUGAAAAUUAUCUGCAUGGUGAUCGAACGUUCCAGGAAUGCUAACGUACUGGUAUAUUGCUGCAGAGCAUUAAAGCACAGACAUUUCCAUCUUAUUUAUAUGGAAUUAUUAAGAUAUUCAAAUCUUGGUUGCCAUUUAGUGUAAAUAUCAGUAAUGUGCCAGCCUACAGAUUUUUACAUUUUAGUAAUACCUUUGCAUAUGGUACCAAAAGGACAAAAGGUGCCAAAAUAGUAAGAAAUGCAUUCAAGCAAGCUGUAUUUCAUGAAUUAAAGAAGGAUACAGUGUCUGGGAGUCACUUUAUUGUUGGGUGCGUCUCCA